GAAGCAGCAGCAGCAGCAGCAGCAACAACAACAGCAGCAGUAGCAGCAGCAGCAGCAGCAGCAGCAGCAGCAGCAGCAGCAGCAGCCACCGCCGCCGCUUGCCAGCCAGCCACACAGCCACACAAAAAUUCCUCCUCAAAUCCUCACCUAAGCUUUCAGUAUAUCCAGAUCCACAUCUUCACUCAAGCCGGGAGAGGGAAAGAGGAAAGGGGGGGAGGAAAAAAAAAGCCAACAACUUAGCGGAAACUUCUCAGAGAAUGCUCCAAAACUCAGCAGUGAUUCUGGCGCUGGUCAUCAGUGCUGCUGCAGCUCACGAGGCGGAACAGAAUGAUUCUGUGAGCCCCAGAAAAUCCCGGGUGGCGGCUCAAAAUUCAGCUGAAGUGGUCCGCUGCCUCAACAGUGCCCUACAGGUUGGCUGUGGGGCUUUUGCAUGCCUGGAAAACUCCACAUGUGACACAGAUGGGAUGUACGACAUUUGUAAAUCCUUCUUGUACAGUGCUGCUAAAUUUGACACUCAGGGAAAAGCAUUUGUCAAAGAGAGCUUAAAGUGCAUCGCCAAUGGGAUCACCUCCAAGGUCUUCCUUGCCAUUCGGAGGUGUUCUACUUUCCAGAGGAUGAUCGCCGAGGUGCAGGAGGACUGCUACAGCAAGCUCAAUGUUUGCAGCAUUGCCAAGCGCAACCCGGAAGCCAUCACUGAAGUCAUACAGCUGCCCAAUCACUUCUCCAACAGAUACUACAACAGACUUGUCCGAAGCCUUCUGGAAUGUGAUGAAGAUACGGUCAGCACAAUCAGAGACAGCCUGAUGGAGAAGAUCGGGCCCAACAUGGCCAGCCUCUUCCAUAUCCUGCAGACAGACCACUGUGCCCAGACACACCCCAGAGCUGACUUCAAUAGGAGGCGCACAAAUGAGCCACAGAAGCUGAAAGUCCUCCUCAGGAACCUCCGAGGUGAGGGGGAUUCUCCCUCACACAUCAAACGCACCUCCCAAGAGAAUGCGUAAGCAGGGAGAGGUAUUCACAGCCUCACCAAACUAAUAGCGUUUUAGGGGUGUUUACACACCAACUUUGAGUGUACUGUGCCUGGUUUGAUUUUUUUUUAAGUAGUACCUAUUUUCUAUCCCCCCUUAAAGAAAACUGCAUGAAACUAAGCUUCCAUGAUCAAUAUCCCAAUAUUCUGCAAUGACAGCAUUCUUAGCAAUAGAAUACAUGUGGUCAUUCUGCCUCUUCUGGAGAGAGAAUGUACCCUCUUCCAUCCCCCCUCUCUCUCAAUUCUUUUUCAAGAUCCCCAUCUACUCUCUGCAAACACAAAACAUUCAUGUAACUGCCCAGUCAUUGUAAUCUGAAGAUGUAGGUCCCUUUAGAAUGGUCACCCAGUAGAGUUAGCCAAUACAAAACAACUUUAUUUAAAUGCAUGUCUUAAAUGCUCAUAAAUAUGUUAAAUGGAAUUCGUGUUAUGAAUCUGUGCUGGCCAUGGACGAAUAUGAAUGUCAUGUUUGAAUUCUUGAUCUCUAAUGAGUCUUAUGGUCUCAAUCCUCCAAUGUCUAACUUCCUUUCUGACAUAUUUACCAAAUUGCUCAAACCUGGUUCUCCAACCAGAUUUUGAGCCAGCAUCUUCUUGCAUCUAAUGAAAAACAAAAAGCUAACAUCUUUAUGUACUGUAACUGCUCAGAGCUUUAAAAGUAUCUUUAACAAUUGUCUUAAAAACAGAGAAUCUUAAGGUCUAACUGUGGAAUAUAAAUAGCUGAAAACUAUUGUACUGUACAUAAAUUCCAGAGGACUCUGCUUAACAGAGCAGUCUAUAAUAACUUUAUUGCAUAUAGAUUUAGUUUUGUACCUUAGCUUUAUUUUCCUUUUCCUGGGAAUGGAAUAACUAUCUCACUUCCAGAUAUCCGCGUUCAUGCUCCUUGUGGCCUUUUUUAUAACUAAGGGGGUAGAAGUAGUUUUAACUCAACAUCAGAACUUAAGAUGGGCCUAUACUUGAUAGGAAAACCCAACAGGUUAUCUGAAGGACCCCAGGUGAGAUAUCAAUCUCCCAGCCCAGCUCAACCCAGAGGCUACAUUUGACUUAGAUGUAUCCUGAAACAGCUCUGUCACAGCCAACUGGGAAUUACAGGAAUCAAAGAGAUCAUCCCUCUGGGCUUUGAUCACUUAGUGUGACAAGGCCUACUAUCCCCUUGGAAGUGGCAGUUCUUGGCUCAUUGCCUUCCAUCAAUGCCUGGCACUCUGGUAAAUGAUGGAAUGGGAUAUUGUUCCACUAAGCCAAUCAGGAAUGAGUCAAUCAGCCUUUGGGUCUUUAGUCCUGGGAACUUGGGCUUAAGGGGGUAUAAAUAACCCUGGGCUGUCCAGCCUUAAUAGACUCCUCUUACAUCUUUUGUCCUGUAACACGCUGCCUGCCAAAGUAGUCCUGGCAGCUGGACCAUCUCUGUAGGAUCUUAAAAAAAAAAA